AUGGGUUCUCAUCAAGCAUCAACCGUUGAUCCUUCCAUUCCUCCCCUCAAGCCCUAUUUCGACGUCAGCGGAUCUCACGAUGAAUCAGCCGAGCUGAAAGCGGUCAUGCAAAAACUGAAGCUGCAACCACAUCCUGAAGGUGGUUACUUUGUGGUAUAUAUUCUAUUCCCUCCCUUACCUCAAGCCAGAAAGCUGAUAAAGCCAUCGUAGGAAACGGACCGAGACGCCUUCAAAAUCCCAAAUCCAUUUCCAAAGACUGAAAAGAACGCCACUUCCACCACCGAAUUGGAAACCCGCAACGCGAGCACAACCAUCUUCUACCUCCUGACACCAAAGUCAAAUCUCGGCCAUUUCCACCGUAACCAGGCCAGAACUGUUCAUACUCUCCAUAGAGGCCGUGGUCGUUACGUGCUCAUCCACGCCGACGAGGCAGCUAGUCCGGACUAUGUAGGAGGCUACGGCGGGGAUGAGAACUCGCCAGAGUCCUCCCGCUGGAUCCGUAAGGCCCGCAUGGAGACUUUUGUCGUUGGCCAGAACGUAUCGAAAGGCGAGCGUCUUCAGUGGAUCGUUCCUGGUGGCAAGUACAAAUGUAGCUACCUUCUUCCAGACAAAGAGGGCGGCGACAGUAGCGAGGGAUUGUUGAUCAGCGAGACUGUGGUCCCAGGCUUUGAGAUGACGGAUCACGAUUUCCUCAAGGAAGAUCGCUUUCGGAUCCUCUUGACUGAGGAACAAGUUCAUGAGACGAGCUGGAUGCUAAGAAAAGCUGCCUGA